AGCUCAGAUUCUGUUCUGAUCCAUCUCUGACUUUGCCUGUAUUUUGACCACACUGCUUGAGUUUCAAGUAACUUUUUCAAAGUUUAUUUUUCCAGCUUUUUCCGCUUGUAAAGAAAUCCUGCUAAUGAGUUGACAGUAAUCAUAAAGAUUUCUGUAAUUCAUUAAAUGUUUCGUCAUAAUUUAACAAUACGAAUAGGUGCUCAGUAUUGCAGAACGCCCCCCGCCCCCCCUGGAAAGGAUACAUAAAGGGCCUCAACAGAGAGAAGUGAAACUCAACCUGUACCACUGUACCGUUAGAGACCAGCAUGUAUCGCUUUGCUCUAAUUCUUGGCAUUUGGCUUCUGCCCAAAGGUGACACUCUGAAGUGUUAUGAAUGCAUGCCAGACGCUUCAGGGAACUGCCUUCAAACAGAAAAACAAUGCCUUUCACAGAGUUAUCAAUGUGGAGCAUCCAGGGUCGUUUCCUAUGCAGGUGGUUCAAAACUUUUGGAUUUGCAAGUGAAGGCUUGUGGUCCACCUGAAGAAUGUGGUGAAGCUUCAAUCAAUUUUGGGUUGUCCAAAACCUCGGUUAACACCAAAUGCUGCAACUCUGACCUCUGCAACUCUAUGUCUGCUCCUGAACCGAGCAAAACCGCUCCUAAUGGAGGAAUGUGCUACACCUGUGAUGGUUCGACAUGUGAGAAGACUUUAGCCUGUGAGGGGAAUGAAGACCACUGCAUUACCGCAACAGCUUCUGCAGGAGGAACCACCGUCACUUUAAAGGGAUGCGCCUCGAAGAUCAUAUGCUCUUCCAAGAACUAUGUUUCUCAACUUUCAGGAGCAAAGAUUAGCUGUUGCAAGGGUAACUUAUGCAACAGCGCUGUCACUGCAAGUGCAGGCCUGCAGCUUGUGGUGGUGGCAUUGGUCUCUGUGGCCUUGUUUUCUUAAGAAAGAAUACAAACAGAGCUUGACACGUCUCCUCUUCAUACACAAAUAUAUGAGGCCCUCACCCUUCUCAUCUUUCAGAUUAUCUUUUGAAUAUUCAACGUUUGGAGAUCCAAAAGGAUUAUUUUUAAUAAACUGACAUGUUUUUUCUUCUAUGUCAUCUUUCAUUUACAAUUCUGAGUAAACCUUUUCAAAAGUGAUAUUAAAUAUGAAAUAAAGUUUUAUCUCUCUGAGGGGAAAUCAAUUUGAGUUUGUG